CAGACAUGAGGGAGAUUGUACACCUACAGGCAGGUCAAUGUGGCAAUCAAAUAGGAUCGAAGUUUUGGGAGAUCAUAUCAGAUGAACACGGAAUUGAUCCGACAGGAAUAUACCAUGGGGAUAAGUCUUUACAACUGGAAAGAAUAGAUGUGUAUUACAAUGAGGCAUCAAAUGGGAAGUACGUGCCUAGGGCUGUACUUGUCGAUUUGGAACCUGGAACAAUGGACUCUGUACGAUCUGGACCUUUUGGACUUCUUUUUCGACCUGAUAAUUAUGUUUUUGGGCAAUCUGGGGCAGGUAAUAAUUGGGCCAAAGGGCAUUACACUGAAGGUGCUGAACUUGUUGAUGCUGUAAUGGAUGUGGUUAGGAGGGAAUCAGAAACAUGUGAUUGCCUACAAGGUUUUCAACUUACCCACUCCUUAGGUGGUGGUACUGGCUCAGGAAUGGGAACUUUACUUAUAUCUAAAAUCAGAGAAGAAUAUCCAGACAGAAUCAUGAAUUCUUUCAGUGUCAUUCCUUCCCCAAAGGUAUCAGAUACGGUGGUGGAACCAUAUAACGCCACCCUUUCGGUGCACCAGCUGGUGGAAAAUACUGAUGAAACUUUCUGCAUUGACAAUGAAGCAUUGUAUGAUAUAUGCUUCAGGACACUUAAACUGUUAUCACCAACUUACGGAGAUCUAAAUCAUUUAGUAUCAAUAACAAUGUCUGGUGUAACAACUUGCCUAAGAUUUCCUGGACAAUUAAAUGCAGAUCUAAGAAAGCUUGCCGUAAAUAUGGUUCCAUUUCCUCGUUUACAUUUCUUUAUGCCAGGAUUCGCACCAUUGACUGCAAGGGGUGUACAGCAAUAUCGUGCUUUAACUGUUCCUGAGCUCACUCAACAAAUGUUCGACGCAAGAAACAUGAUGACAGCUUGUGAUCCACGUCAUGGGCGUUACCUUACCGUCGCAGCUAUAUUUCGAGGACAAAUGUCAAUGAAGGAAGUUGAUGAACAAAUGCUGAGCAUACAAAAUAAAAACUCAGGAUACUUUGUGGAAUGGAUUCCAAAUAAUGUUAAAGUAGCUGUUUGUGAUAUAGCACCAAGAGGUCUUAAAAUGUCUUCAACAUUCAUAGGAAAUACUACAGCUAUUCAAGAAAUAUUCAAAAGAAUUUCUGAACAGUUUACUGCAAUGUUCAGAAGAAAGGCAUUUUUACACUGGUAUAUUGGUGAAGGAAUGGAUGAAAUGGAAUUUACAGAAGCAGAAUCAAAUAUGAAUGAUCUGGUUUCAGAAUACCAACAAUAUCAGGAAGCUUCUGCUGAAGAUGAAGAAUUUGGAGAGGAUGAAGAAAUGAUUCCGGAUGAAGAAGAGCAACAGGAAGAUGGAAACUAAAAUACUGCCAUUCCAUGGAAAUAAGUAAAAUCAAGUUUAAUACUUUAUUUCAGGAUGGAAAUUUAAUUUAAAAUUAAAAUAUAUUAUUAAGUUAAGCACCUUUUUUACACUAACAAAUAAAUUACCUUAUUUAUUAAGUCGAAUAUUAGCUCAAGGGCUGCACCAAUUCUUUCUUUAACUUUCUGAUUUGACUCUCGAUGUAGAUGAUUUUUUUUAUAUUUAUUACUACCAUUAAUUUUACAAUAUUUCUAGAUAAAUAGCCUUUAACAUUAUUUUGUACAUCUCAUUAAAUAAACUAUAUGCAAACCCAAACAGAUUAAAUUUUAUUGAAUGAAAAAUCUAGUAUUUUCCUUUUUGAUUCUUU